GCAGGUGAUAAACGAGUCAAUGUAGUAUCUGGUUUGACCGCUCUUCACACAGUGUUUGUGCGUUAUCACAACCUAAUUGCAUCACAACUAUCCACAAUCAACCCUUCAUGGGAUGAUGAAAUUCUAUUUCAAGAAACAAGAAGAAUCAUUGGCCCUAUAAUACAAAAGAUAACUUAUCAUGAAUAUCUACCAUUAUUGAUAGGA